CCCACAAUGACACCCACACAGGGAGAGCAGAACAGAGAAGUCUUCAGGAAACUGUCUCGCACACCACUAUUCCCUGAUCUCUUCUUCUUCUUUACUUCUGAAGCUGCUGCCGCUUCCAAACUGCUGAAACAACUGGAGCAACUGGCCACUGAAGCAACUACUGAAGCUCAUUUCAUAAGGUGUUAUUUAGCUUUAUCAAAGUGAAGUUGAUAGUCUGCUGUGAAAUUACAACUGGGCAGAAAAUGGGACAUGCUUUAUCAUCUCUGAAAAUACUUUGCUGCCAAAGUUGACAAGGGACCUUGUUUAGCAGCCUGGAUUUGUGUGUGAAGAACUAUUCCACAGAAGCACUUUUGGUGAGAAAUGUUUGUACAAGAAGAUAAUGUGUAGAGGAGGAGGCUUGAUCUCAUCAGAGGAAGAAGACGGAUUGUAUGUUGGAGGCAAAUACCCAGGAGGAAACUAACUGGACUUAAUGAAGCACUGAAUAGUGUGGGACAGCAAGAGAUUCGGCAUCCUUGAGUUCUCCAAGAACUACCACAGAAACUAUGAUGGAUUCCAACUGAAUGGUGUUCAACAGUAACAGCCUUCCUGGGAUUGUGCCUUCAAACUCUAUUCUAGACUUUGAGGAGAUGUUGGACUCAGUCAAAUGUGUUUUGGUAGGAGAUUCUGCCGUUGGGAAAACUGCCCUGCUGCUGCGUUUCACAUCAGAGACGUUUCCGGAUAUGUAUCGGCCAACAGUGUAUGAAAACACAGGCGUCGAUGUUUUCCUAGAUGGUGUCCAGAUUAGUUUAGGCCUUUGGGACACUGCUGGCGGUGAUUCCUUCAAAGGCAUACGUCCGCUUUCCUACCAACAAGCAGAUGUCGUCUUAAUGUGCUUCUCGGUGGCCAAUCGCAACUCCUUCCUCAACUUGAGAAACAAAUGGGUCACGGAAAUCCGGACACACUUGCCCCGGAUCCCAAUUUUAGUGGUGGCGACCCAAACUGACCAGAGGGAAACGGGACCUCAUAGUGCAGCCUGUAUCAGCCCGGUACAUGGCAAGCGACUAGCCAAAGACAUUCGGGCCAAAGGCUACGUGGAGUGCUCCUCUCUCAGCAACAGGGGAGUGCAGCAGGUUUUUGAGUGUGCCGUCCGGACAGCAGUGAAUCAAGCAAGAAAGCGAGCCAGGAGGAAUCUUUUCUCUGUCAAUGAGUGCAAGGUGUUUUAAUUUCCAUGCAGUCUCCUUAUCCAUCAUCACAAAACUGAGUUAAUUCCUGCCACAUAAUGUUUUCAUUUCAGCAGAUGGAAAACAGUACCACCUUCACAGUUGAUGCAGGUUUCUCCUGGGUGGCGUCAGGACCUCUCCUCAUGAGAAUCUUAGUGGUACUCUGGACCAACCCAAUUCCAAUAUGGCACUGGUGCCAUUUCCCCCUCCCCAGCUAUGUAAACUGAUGGGAAGCCAGACUUGAAGAUUUAAGAGUGGCAGCACAAUCAUUAUUAUUAAGGUGUGGGAUUUCAGAGCCUAUUUAUUUAACAGUGGAAGCUGAGUUGCUUUGGAUGAAAUAUUGUCUCCAUUUAAAAGAUGGAAUUAAUGAAAUAUAUCUUGGAGACUUAUGCAGGUAUUUCCCAUAUUAGCACAGAGAUUAUUUGUUACUGACAAAACCCUGAAAGGUCAUAGGAUUCACUGGUGACAGGAAAUGAUAUGUUUCUGUUAGAAAAAUAUUGUGUUCAAAGCCAGGGUCAAAAGAAAACUGAGUAUGUCCAUAAGACCUGGAUGUGGAACUUAAAACUAUGUAUUUUUAUAUAUUUAUAUUUUUAAAAGUUAUUUAGACUUCCUUGAUGAAGCUUGUCUCCUCAAUAGCCACUCUUGAUUUAAACAGAGGCUGGAUGGCCACCUGUCAGGGGUGCUUUGAAUGCAAUUUUCCUGCUUCUUGGCAGGGGAUUAGACUGGAUGACCCAUGAGGUCUCUUCCAACUCUGUGAUUCUUUGUAGCCCAGUCAAAUAAACCUAUCCAUGAAAAAUUCCAGUUGGAAUUGUUAAUAGCUAGAGCAGGGUUCUUCAAACUUUUUAAACAGAGGGCCAGGUCACAGUCCCUCAAACUGUUGGAAAUUAUAAUUUGAAAAAAAAAAAAACCAUGAAUG